GAAGAAAACCUCACAAAUAUGAUCUAGUGUGUUUUCAGCGUGUCUGUGACAUUCAGCCUCCAUUUGUGGAUCAGAGCUGGGGCAGAGUCGCAGUUAGCUGUGACUGUGUUAUAAAACUUUGGCGGGUUGUUAUUUUUUGUUUGCGAUUCUGGUGUGACCCUUGACCCGAGUGAUGUCAGGACUGAAGAGGCCGGCAGGGAGUGAGCCCUCGACCUCCGCCCCUCCGGAGAAGAAGAGAGAGAGGGAGCGAGAUGGAGGAGGAGGAGGAGGAGAGGAAGGGGGCAGGACCACCGUGGAGACUGUCAUCAAAGUGGGAGGAGUCUCGAGCACGGAGGAGCUGGAUGUCCGGGCUCUGCAGGUGAGGAACAGGAAGCUGGCUGAGACGCUGGACCAGCGGCAGCUGAUCGAGGAUGAGCUGCGAGAGACGAUCGAGCGUCUGGAGAGGAGGCAGGCGACCGACGACGCCAGCUUGCUCAUCCUGAACCGCUACUGGAGCCAGUUUGAUGAGAAUAUCCGUCUCAUCAUUCAUCGAUAUGAUCUGGACUCAGAACUCUCAGACCUGCUGAGUGACAGGAAGGCUCUAGAUCCUUCGGAGCGCAAGAGUCUAGAACCCUCGGACCCAGAACCGGACUCCGACAGCAACCCGGAGAGAGGAAGUGUGCGAGAGAGGGAGAGGGAGGAGAGAGGAGAGGGGAGAGAGAGAAGGAGAGGGCAGAGAAGAGGAGGAGCAUUAGCGCCCCUCUCCUUCCUCGCCACUCUGGCCAGCAGCAGCAGUGAUGAGAUGGAGGCAGCCCUGCAGGAGAGGGUAGAGUCGAGCCACCGGCUCACUGAGAGGGUGCUGGAGAUCUGCGACAGCUUUCACAGCGCCACCAUGAGGUUGGGAGGAGACAUCGCAGACUCGGAUCGCUUCCCUGACGCAGUGAGAGAGUUGAACUCCCUGCUCUCCAGAGAGAACCAGAGACUGGAACAGCUAAGAGACUCACUGCAGGAGAAGCACAGCUCUCUCUCCUCUCAGUUCUCAGUGCUGGGGAUGCAGGUUGAAGCUGAUCGGCGUGUCUCGGAGCUCCAGUCUCGGAUUGAGGACCUGCAGUGGGACAUCGACUCUCUGAGCGACGUCUCUCCUCUGUCUUUUGAGGAGAUGAACUCUGACCUGGAGGAGAAUCGAGAGCUUGCUGAGAACAGACUGUCAGAACUACAGAAACUGAAGCAGGACCUUCAUCAGAUAAACAGCGAAAACAGCAAUAUGAAGGUGCAGUUGGUCUCUAAGGCACAAGUGGUAGUUAAAGAGUGCUCAGAGUAUCGCUGUCUCCAGUCCCAGUUCUCUGUCCUCUACAACGAGUCUCUGCAGCACAAAGCCCAGCUGGACGAGGCCCGGUCAAGACUGCAGGGGACCCGGGGGAUCCGCCUGAGACAGCUGGACCACAUGGAGCAUGAUGAGCUCUCUCUUCAGAAGAAGUUGCGCACGGAGGUGAUUCAGCUGGAGGACACGCUGGCUCAGGUGCGGAAGGAGUACGAGAUGCUGAGGAUCGAAUUCGAGCAGACGCUAGCCGCCAAUGAGCAAGCAGGUCCCAUUAACAGGGAGAUGCGUCAUCUGAUCAGCAGCCUGCAGAAUCACAACCAGCACAUGAAGGGAGAGGUUCAGAAAUACAAGCGCAGGCUGAGAGACGCACACACAGAGCUGAGCCAAGCUCGUGCCCAGCGAGGCUCCGCCCUCCUGCAGCCUCAGUCAAGUAUGGAACUCGACCUCAAAGACGACACUUCCUGUUCACCCCUGACCCUCACCCCUUCCACUUCCUGUGACCUGAGCAUGAAGGCGGAGCCGGAUUCCGGGCCUAGGUCCGGGGAUCUGAUACCCAGUCUCUCUUGUCUUUCUCCAGGUCUGGUAGGCACGGCGACAGUGAAGGCGGAGCCAGUGCUUGAGGGGGAGGGGCCUGUGCAGGGAGGGGGGAGUGUGGUGAAAGAGGAGGAGAGAGAGAGGGGUAUGGGGAAAGGAGGUGGGGUUGGGGUGAAGGAGGAGAGGGAGAGGCCACACAGCCAAUCAGAAGAGCCGGACCGAGCAGGGGGCGGAGCCAAGCCCAGCAGGAAGGAGCAAGAACAGUUGAAAGUUGUGAGGGCGGAGCUUAAGAAGGCGCAGGAGUCCCAGAAGGAGAUGAAGCUGCUGUUGGAUAUGUACCGCUCCGCCCCCAAGGAACAGAGAGACAAAGUGCAGCUCAUGGCAGCCGAGAGCUUCUGGAAAGCAGAGAUUGAGGCGCUGAGUCAGAGGCUGAGGGAGCUGGAGGAGAGGGAGAGGAGGGAGGGGAAGAAGAUGGCCGAUGAAGAUGCUCUGAGGAAGAUGAGGAGCGUAGAGGAGCAGCGAGAGCACCUGACCAAGAAACUGUCUAUCGCAAAACAGGUCCGUCUGUUCUGUCUCUCUCUGCAGGGACGGGAAUGAGAAUCCCGCUGCACAGCAGUGUGAUCCAGUC